AGAGUUGUACUAGCAGACAAGGGGCCUGUCUUACCUUCGAAAGAACUUGCUUGGAAGAGCUCUUGGCAAGUGAAGCGGUGUGGCCUCCUCCAGUACAAUAUUCCCAGUUCCGGUAAUGGUGGCAGAUCCUAUAUUUCUACUGAGUACAGAAGUGUUCUGAAGACAUCUUGCUGUUGAACUGUCCAUUCAUCUCCCGAGUUCACCAGGAGCAUCAAUGGAGACUGUUGUGAUUGUAGCCAUUGGGGUAUUGGCAACCAUCUUCCUGGCUUCUUUUGUGGCUCUGGUUGUGGUAUGUAGGCAUCGUUACUGCCGACCCAAGGACUUCUUGAGUCAUUAUGAUACCAGGCCUAUUGUUGAUUUAAUUGGCACCAUGGAGACACAAUCUGAACCCUCUGAACUGGAGAUGGAUGAUGUGGUAAUAACAAACCCACAUAUUGAAGCAAUCCUGGCAAAUGAGGACUGGAUUGAUGAUGCUUCGGGCCUGGUCUCUCACUGCAUUGCUAUCCUAAAGAUCUGCCACACUCUCACUGAGAAGCUUGUUGCCAUGACAAUGGGGUCUGGAGCCCAAAUGAAGUACCCAUCAAGCCUGAGUGACAUUAUUGUGGUGGCCAAACAAAUCAGCCCAAGGGUAGAUGAUGUGGUGCGAUCUAUGUAUCCACCACUGGACCCCAAACUGUUAGAUGCCAGGACAACGGCGCUGCUGCUCUCAGUGAGUCACUUGGUGCUGAUCACUCGGCAUGCCUGCCAGUUCCCCAGCCACAUGGACUGGAUCGACCAAUCCUUGUCUGCGGCGGAGGAGCACGUGAGCGUGCUGCGCGAGGCAGCCCUGGCUUCGGAAGCAGAGCGAGUUCCACCUGGGUCAGAAAGCUUUCUGCAGGAGCAGUCUACAAUUUGAGAACAAAGGGAAGAGGGGAAGAGACGCAUGUCAUCAAUGGCUCUGUGCUUCCUCUUCUUCUCUAUUUUUCAUAUAGCAUUGCUGAUGAUUUGGCAUAAUGACUGUUAUCCUGAGGAUGAUAGAACCGCCAUCUCGACUGUUCUAGUCUUGCAUCUGGAUUAGUGACCCUGCGAUAUUCUUGUGCCAGAGGGGGUAGAACGGGGAAGGAGGACAUAAUAUUGUUAGUAAUUUUGUCUGCAAUCAGAAAUAUUUUGGCUAUGGCAUUUGUUAUUUGUAGUUAAAGCUAAGAAAAAAGAAG